GAUAAAAGCAAACCCCUCGUUCACCAAACUGACUCUAUCAAAAUACUAACCCCACCCCACCUCAUCAGCAAGCCCCCAUCCGAUCACCUCAUUGGUCCAACACACAAACAAAUUCAGCCUUCAAUCCAGCCUCGCCGACGAGGUCUCCAAAAAAACAUACACACCAAGCCAUCCAUCAAUUCCACAUCCCCAGUCCAAGAUCUACCCAGAUCUACAUUCUUCCUCUGAGAACCUCACCCCCAAGUUUCCUUUUAAAUUCUACACUAUCAAUUAUCUAUCCAUCCAUCCCAUCUUAACCCCAAUCCCCUACUCAACCUCCCUCAUCCUCCCAUCCAUAUAUCUGUCUAUCUUCAAGCGCACCACACCAAACCCGCAUCCAUCCAAGCCCAACUCCAGCUCUACACACCCCAUCAACAUGGCCUCCGAACCCACCACCCCAGUGCGCGUAUCAAAAAGCGCCGCGAACUACACUCCCACAACCCAAGACGCAGAUUUGCGCUCGCAGAUAAAUUCGAUAUUAUUAAAAGACGGUCAUGUUGCCAAAAUCCAAGAAACCCUCCUCCACUCCCUACACUCCUCUCCUACAAAUUGGCCAACUCUAAUCCAGAACCACGCGCUUUCCCUCCUGCGUUCAGGACACUACACCACAUUCCCGCUGCUCAUCGCCAAAGUACUUGAAGACAUCCGCGCCGACACAAUAACAUUUUCUUCAUCCGACGCCUCGAAUUCUUCUCCUCAUGCCUCCACCAACGGAUCGUCAGACAAGAAGGAAAAGGAAGCGAAAGAAAAAGACGCCGCGCCCAAAGGCAGAGGCGAGAGGGGACAAAGUCUCGCGUUGCCGAAAAGUGUCGUGGAUGAAGGGGUGAGGAUUACGAGGGAGUCAUUAGAAGCUGUUUGUGAGGUGGUGGAGUGAACCCCCGAACGUCUGGGGGGUUGCAUUUUUGGGAAUUGGGCAAGGAGGGAUGAUGAGGAAUCGGCAUUGGUGUAAAGGGGGACGGAGAAGUGGGGAGGGAUGUAUAUCACUGGUAGCAGCCUGCGUCUGUUCUGGGACCCUCUCGACAUAACCACAGGAAUUUAGUGAAAGGAAGUGGUGGUGGAUUCAAUAUGGAUGUAUGGACAAACCGGAAUCGACUUCUAAGAGAAAUCUCCCAGGCCCGCCUCUUUUACAUCAUUUAUCAACAAAGACAAAGCAGAGAAAAGGAAGAGAUGCAUAGGUGGUCAGUGUGCAGUAUUUCUUCAUUAUAAGUAAUGAGUGAACUACCUGUGGAGUAUACUAGGAGUUUAAAAGAACAUUUGGGAUUUGGGAAUGAUGAGGGAUUACAAGGCCGGGACUGUUCUGGGCGCAUACGUUAAAUUUAUUGCACAAGAGAAUCAUGGACGAAUAUCAUGUAGAAUGAUCGAGGCUCCAUGCAUACCCAAGCGGCGUUUUUAGGAUUAAAAAUUCAUUUCAGCAGGUCUUUUAUAGAUCA